UCACAUUUAUGACAUUACUACAAAUAAAUGUAAAUCUACAAUCAGAGUAGUCUUUAAAAAAAAGGAAUGUUCAAAUAACUCACAGAAAAAGAAUUUAAAAAUGUCGAUUCAAUUAGUUCGAAAUAUAUUCCGGCAAGGUUAUAUUCAGCGUGUUUUGAAUACGACAAAUAGCAUUGCAAAAUAUUCAAGUCAAUUACCAUCCGGGGAUGAAGUAAUCGAUGAUGCAGAGCCUAUAAAUAUAAAAAAUCCGUACAAACGUGAAAAUCGUCAAUGUCUUUUAUGCAAAUUAAACCUUACGCCCGAUUACAAGAAUGUUCGUUUGUUGUCACAAUUUCAAAGUAUGUACACUGGACGCAUUUAUGGUCGACACAUCACCGGACUAUGCAAAACAAAGCAACAACAAGUUGAACAUGCGAUUAGACGAUCCCACCAAGUUGGAUUCAUGCCACGCUAUCAUAAAUAUCCAGAAUACAACAAUGAUCCAAAAUUAUACGAUCCAGAAAAACCAAUUCGGCCACAUCCAUAUUAGAAAUCUAUAAAUGAAUUGUAAUUCUUUUUAGAAAAUGUUCAUUAAAACAAAUAUUGAUUGAAUUCAGUAGAAAAUGUAAA